AUGGCUGAUAGGAGUGCGAAGAUCCUUCCAGGACAAUUGUACAUUGAAGUGGAGUAUGACUAUGAGUAUGAGGCCAAGGACAAGAAAAUUGUAAUUAAACAGGGGGAGAAAUAUAUAUUAGUGAAGAAGACUAAUGACGAUUGGUGGCAAGUGAAGAAGGAUGAAAAUUCCAAACCCUUUUACGUGCCAGCACAGUAUGUGAAGGAAAUACCACGGAAAGCACUGAUGCCACCUGUUAAGCAAGCAGGCAUGCUGCCAAAUAAUGCUUUAAAGCUGACGCAUGGAUUACAGAGAUCGACAGAAAAUGUGAAUAAGUCACCAGAGCUUUCUAGUUUUGGGAAAUCUUCUCCAGUUCAAGUGUCUUGCUUAGUUCGAGAUGCCAAUCAAAAUCUGGGACCAAACAGUAGCCCUGGUCAAACUCUUGGUUUGAGUCUGGACCUUACUCAGAACAAUGGAAAACUUAACAACGAGUUGCAAUCUCCCAAGGUUUCCAAUCAGUUUCGAACCAUCUCCAUGGGUCAUUUCCCAUGUCCAGAGUUCUUGGAAAUAGAGAAGACCAGCUUUUUGCAUGAACAGUCUUGUGAUUCAGCAGGAGAAGGCUCAGAAAAAAUUCACCAGGAUUCAGAAUCUGGAGAUGAACUCAGUAGCAGCUCCACUGAACAAGCGCAGCUUCUGGCAUCAACUAGAAGGGACCAAGACAAUCUGCAAGCUGAGCUGAAUCGCCUUCAGGCUGAAAAUGAUGCCUCUAAAGAGGAAGUGAAAGAGGUGCUACAAGCUCUUGAAGAAUUAGCUGUCAAUUAUGAUCAGAAGUCUCAGGAAGUAGAAGAUAAGGCGAAGGAAUAUGAACUGCUUAGUGAUGAACUCAAUCAAAAAUCGGUUACUUUAGCUAGUAUAGAUGCAGAGCUUCAAAAACUUAAAGAAAUGACUAACCAUCAGAAGAAACGAGCAACAGAGAUGAUGGCCUCCUUACUAAAAGAUCUUGCAGAAAUAGGAAUUGCAGUUGGAAAUAAUGAUGUCAAGCAGCCUGAGGGAACUGGCAUGAUAGAUGAAGAAUUCACAGUUGCAAGGCUGUACAUCAGCAAAAUGAAAUCAGAAGUAAAAACAAUGGUAAAACGAUGCAAACAGUUGGAAGGCACACAGGCUGAAAGCAAUAAGAAAAUGGAAGAGAACGAGAAGGAGUUGGCUGCCUGUCAACUCCGUAUCUCCCAGCAUGAAGCCAAGAUCAAGUCGUUGACUGAGUAUCUUCAGAAUGUAGAACAGAAAAAGAGGCAACUGGAAGAGUCUGUGGAUUCUCUUAAUGAAGAACUAGUUCAACUCCGAGCACAAGAAAAAGUCCAUGAGAUGGAGAAAGAGCACUUAAAUAAGGUUCAAACUGCAAAUGAAGUCAAGCAAGCUGUGGAACAGCAGAUUCAGAGCCAUCGUGAGACACAUCAGAAGCAAAUCAGUAGCCUACGAGAUGAAGUUGAUGCAAAGGAGAAACUUAUCACUGAACUCCAAGACCAAAAUCAGAAGAUGAUGCUUGAACAAGAACGUCUUAGAGUUGAGCAUGAGAAGUUGAAAGCAACCGAUCAGGAGAAAAGUAGAAAACUACAUGAGCUCACGGUUAUGCAGGACAGACGGGAGCAAGCAAGGCAAGAUUUAAAGGGCUUGGAAGAGACUGUGGCUAAAGAACUUCAGACUCUCCACAAUCUUCGGAAGCUAUUUGUUCAGGAUCUGGCUACUAGAGUGAAAAAGAGUGCUGAGAUUGACUCGGAUGAUACAGGAGGCAGCGCUGCGCAAAAACAGAAGAUUUCUUUCCUUGAGAAUAAUCUUGAACAGCUUACAAAGGUUCACAAGCAGCUGGUACGUGAUAACGCAGAUCUUCGCUGUGAGCUUCCAAAACUGGAGAAGCGACUUAGGGCUACAGCUGAAAGAGUUAAAGCUUUGGAGUCUGCACUGAAGGAAGCCAAAGAGAAUGCAUCUCGUGAUCGCAAGCGGUAUCAGCAGGAAGUAGACCGUAUAAAGGAAGCUGUAAGAUCCAAAAAUAUGGCCAGACGAGGACAUUCUGCACAAAUUGCUAAGCCCAUCCGUCCUGGCCAACAUCCAGCAGCUUCUCCAACUCAUCCAAGUGCAAUUCGUGGGGGAGGUGCGUUCACUCAGAACAGCCAGCCGGUUGCAGUGCGCGGAGGUGGAGGACGGCAGGACAAAGUUUGCUGAAAGGUUAAUGCAGCAUGAGGAGGAUUGGAUAUCGUAUAGAGGGAGUCAUUCCAUGACAAUAAUCUCUCCCCUUGGGGACUGUAGGAUUAUUUUUUGAAAAUGUAUAAAUUAUACCUGGCCUGUACAGCUCUCUUCCCUUCUACAAAUUCUGCUAACUAAUUCCCCCUUCCCCUCCAAACAAACAAACUAGAGUGCAAUUUUGGCGUCUUGAAAAAUGACAUGUUAGUUAAAGUGUAGCUCUGCUCAUUACACAGUUUGUCUUUCAUGUCUUAAAUUUAGUCUGCACUGUGCCAAGCUGAAUGUACAUUAAGAAAACCUUAGUUCAAAUUUUCUAGCUUCUUUCGUGUACAUUUUAUUGUCUUAGGGAAUGUGCAACAGUGUUGAAGUAUAUUUCCAUUUCCAUCACUUCACAUAACACUACGUGUCCCACUGAACUAGAACGGCACUCUGCAUAGCGUUACGGUUUUCUUUUGGAAUGCUGCAUAGAGCAUUGGAACUAAACUUCUUUGUACAGCAUAAGAAUACUGAAGUGUGCUUACAACAACUGCCAUAAGGCACUGCGAGCGCUGCACCACAGAACUAAAGAGUUCAAUAUGAACGAGGCUGUUUCACUGUUAUCUGAUUCGAUGCCCGUUUAUCGGGUGCUUCAGAAUUAAAUACUGUACAGUACUAAGAGUAAACCGAAGUUUACAAAAAAGACUUUGGCAAUGGAUUGUCUCAUCUGUCCUGUUCCUGAUUCUACACACAGUACAGUCUGGUGGAGUGAAAACGUUCUGCUUCAUUCUGAUGAGCUUGUUUAUCCAUUUGUCUCUGUCUGUGGCGGUUCACUUUCACUGUUUAUAACAGUGAAAUGAGCACAAUCUAAAAUGUAACUCCAUAUUCCACUGCAUACACAGUACUGAACUUUGGGCUAAAAUUUUAACUUCCAAUUACAGUAAAUUUGAGCAAUGAUUUCAGAUACGCCUAAUCAAGAGUUCUUAAAAUGGAUGACUUCUUAAAAUGGAUGUAUCUGGAAGUCCCAGAGAUGUGUUUAAAAAUAAAAAUAAAGCACUACACUGAGUUGUAUUUGUAAUCCGUUUGUAAGUAGGUAUAUGAAAUGUCCAAAGUAGUAGUUGUUGAAUCUUUUUUCUUCUCUUUGCAAUAAAGUCCUGUAAAGUGGCUAAUGAAAUGAAACAUGGGUUUUUUUGAUUGCUUGGGUUUUUUGAGCUCUGAUAUUCCCACUGAGCUGAAUCUGGGUUUUAAACUCUUCUAGUGUAACUUGCCUAACUUAUUCAUAGGGUUUAGCCACUGUAAUUCUUAGAACAGCUUCUGGAUAGUAAUUAGUUUUCAGGUCUUUGAGGAAGAAGGAACUGAAUGUCAUGGAAAGAAUUUGCAUGGCUUUCCAUGCCCAAUUAAUACCACUUUGAGUGUGAGUUGGAGUUUUCUUGAUGGGUAUUCCACAAUUAUUGUGGAGACAGAGAUCUGCGGCUGUUCAGACAGCAAUUCAUGUUCAACUUUUAUAUAAUAAAAAGAGAAAAUAUUUAUAUUAUGAUGGAGUGUAGUCAGACUUUAGACCUUGAACCACUAGUUUUCUAUAUCUACAUUAGUCUGAGUUUUUAAUAAUUUGAUUUUUGAAAGGUUGAGUGCAUCGGUCAGAAAUGUCACUUGUUUUGGAGUUUUCAGCUUUUAAGGCUUCUGUUGGUGAAGGCUACCCAACACUCCAGACUUGCUUGUUGUUUCAGAGCGUGUUCAAAUACAGCACACUGAGGAAAGAAAAGGAACAGCAAACAGUUCACCUGAGAUUUCUCAUAAUGGAAACAGCAUUGUCUGUUAUUUCUUCAUGUUAACUCCAGUUGUUCAGGCUUUCAUUUAUUGAUUUGCAAUCGUAAAAGCAAAACCCCACUUUUUUAAAAUGCAUUCAAAUGAAGCAGGAUCUUUUUUUUCUCGUGCCUGUGAAUGGGGGUUUCAUUUCUGUAGGUGAUCAUCGUGGGUUUUGGUGCUGAAAAUUGCUGUAUUUAAAAAAUAAAUCAAUGGUAACUAAUCUGUAGCUCAGCGUACGUCACCUUUUUAUAUUUAAACUUUUUAUUUUAAACCUUUUAUGGAGGUUUACCAAGAACUGCCUCUUAAAAUGUAAAAAGGAAAAAAAA